UGAAAAUCGGAAUCAUCACUCCCCAAACGGAGUAACGGAAAAGUGCAAAAUCGAAUGUGUCAAAAUUCCCCAUGGCGCGAACCGUCGGAAGCAAACCGGGUCUUCAUGCCCUCCUGACCCGAUUCGUUAUCUCACGACGGCCAUUGCAAACGCUAGCUUACGAAGAGCUCCGACCCUUCGCCGACCCACAACCCUACCGCACCACCGCUUUCGUCCUCCACGGCCUUCUGGGCUCCGCCAGAACCUGGCGAUCUUUCUCCCGCACCCUCCUCUCCAAUCUCCCCGACCCAUCUGGUUGGAGAAUGGUGCUUGUGGAUUUGAGGAACCAUGGGAGGUCGGCGGAGCUCGGCGGUCUGAAUCCGCCUCACGAUUUGGUCAAUUCGGCGCAAGAUUUGGCUAAUUUGAUCCGGACUCAAGGUUGGGACUGGCCGGAUGUUGUUCUCGGCCACUCCUUUGGCGGGAAGGUUGCUCUGCAAUUUGCACAAAGCUGUGCUCGUGGUGACUAUGGUGAUUCUGCCAAGUUGCCCAAGCAGCUGUGGGUGUUGGAUUCCGUUCCAGGAGAAGUGAACCCUGAAAACAGAAAUAGGGAAGUUGAGAAGGUUUUGCACACAUUGCGGAGUCUACCUUCACCAGUUCCAUCACGAAAGUGGCUCAUGAAUCAUUUGCUUGAGCUCGGGUUCUCAAAAUCAUUGUCACACUGGAUCGGCAGCAACCUCAAGAAACAUGGAGAUCAUUUGACAUGGGCGUUCAAUCUUGACGUUGCUAUCCAGAUGUUCAAUUCUUUCCAGGAAAAGUCUUAUUGGCCUCUGUUGGAGCACCCCCCGCAAGAUAUGGAGAUAGCUAUUGUGCGCGCUGAGGACAGUAAUCGUUGGGACCAAGAUGCGAUUCAACAACUCGAAAACCUUGCCACUCGCGGAGCAGAUGGAUCGGAGGGGAAUGUUUCAGCUCAUGUUCUUCCCAAGUCCGGCCAUUGGGUUCACGUCGACAAUCCAAAAGGUCUCCUUGAGAUUGUGGGUCCUAAGCUUGCAUCCCUUCGGCCUUAAACCGUAUCGGGUUUAAUUUAUCUGCCACAGAAGAUAUGUUGUGCAGAUAACAUUGGUAAUUCUUAGUGUUUCAAUUGUUCACUUGUAAUAAAUCAUUUGUGUCUUAUUUGGGGUUCUCUGUUCUCGUUUUUGGAUUUCAUCUGGAGCUACAUUAUAAAAUUGUAUCAGUUGUUGGUUGAAGAUGGCAAAUUGGCAAUGCUAUUGAUCUA